AUGGAUUUGCGUAUUCUGCAGGGCUCUGAGAAAUUGCAGCAGGUCACAAAGCUUCUGAACUCUCUUGAAAAAGACCUGAAAGAUAACUCGUUGAACUCUGCACAAAGAACUCAGAUCCUCUUACAGCUGAGGCAAUAUGGCACGAGUCCCGACAAUGCAGGACCGAUUUACUCAAAAAAGGGCAUUGAGAUACUAUCCAAGUAUGGCAUUGACGGUGAGACAACAGACGUCCGCCAUGCAGCCCUGCGGUGCGUUGCAAACGCUCUCUUGUUAGACUCCAACAUGCGCCAGUUGUUCGUAGACACUGGUAAGGGCGGGAGACUAGCCGAAAUGCUCAAGUGUGAUUCUUCCGAGCAUGAAAUGGUCAUCAGCCGAAUCCUUUUCCUCUCGACAUACGACACCAACCUGAAUUUCGACGACCUCAUUAACAACCACUCUCUAGGAGAUAAUAUCAACUACCAAAUCCUCCGACAUUCCAAACAAUUCCCGAAGUCCGGCAGAAAGCCUCUAUCACAAGUCGACGAGCUGGCUUUUACAGAUACGUUGAAAUUGGUAUUCAACAUAGCGAAGCUUUUUCAAGACCUGGCGCCGACAUUUUCACCGUCAAUCCCAUACAUAUUCAAGAUCAUCAGCCGAAUCGAUAUCCCCUUGAAGCCUCUGGAUGGUCUUCUCGGCACACUAUUGAACUGCUUGUCGACAUUGGAUCUCGAAAACAAGAACAAAAAGCCUUACGACGGCAACCCAAUUUUCCCUACCUUUAACCAGAACUGCAACGUAGACAAGUUGAUCAAUAUCCUAGAUCAAGCAGUGUCAGCUUACGAGCCCUCGGAGCUUGAAACCAAGGCCAUCCCUCUCUUCCAUACCCUCGUAACCAUCCACGAGGUGGCACCUGAUGGUCCCCGCAAAUACAUGCAGUGGCUUCUUCUACCUGACGACAACGAUCGGGACCGGCCAAUCGGGCAGUCUGACACGUUAUCGUCGAAGCUGCUCAAGCUUUCAACCAUGCACUAUGCGAACCUUAAGGUCGCUAUCUCCGAACUCAUGUUUGUCCUUUCAGGAAAGAAUGCCGAAAGCUUGACGAAGAACAUUGGUUAUGGUUUCGCUGCGGGGCUUCUAGCAUCCCGCGGCAUGGAUAUCCCCAAGUCUGCGGGUGAAGCAUUCGCAACCAACUCUCAAGAUCUUAAUCCAGAGAUCAAUCCGAUCACAGGCCAGAGAUGGGCUGCGGAAAAGGAAGAUACCGGCCCGCCCAUGACGAAAGAGGAGAAGGAGAGAGAGGCCGAAAGGCUGUUUGUGCUUUUCGAAAGGGCCAAAGCAAACGGCAUCCUCGGGGUCGAGAACCCAGUCACCCAGGCUUUGCGGGAAGGAAGAUUGGAGGAGUUGCCUGACUCUGAUAGUGAAUAA